AUGGCCCUCCGAAGAGCCAGCAGUCCCACAGCAGACUCGGGAGUGAUUGUCCUCAGCCCCAGGUCCUAUCAAGAUGCUGUCUCGGGCUGUCAAGCUUUGAGCGAGAACCUCUGGUCUCCUGAACUGGGCACGGCAAGCAUUCAACCGAAUCUUGACUACCUAGUCUACGAGGGGAGGGCGGAGAAGGACACGAGCUUUUGGAUAGCGGCCCAGAGCAACCAGACCCGUGCCCUCAGCACCUCAGGGAACGUUACAACAGCAGAGCCUGGACAGGAAUUGAGUGUCUUGUGCACGCAGUCGGCGCCUUUUGCAAACUCUACUUCCACGGACACAAGUGAAAAGUGGCAAGUUUCUGUGCAGUCGAACAAUGAAGAGCUUGUCGGCUUCCGUGAUCGGACAUCAUUUCGCUUCUAUGGGGUCCGUUACGCGCCCCACCCGGAACGGUUCACAUAUUCUGCGCCAUACGCAGGGUCCAACGGCUCUGUCUCAGCCACCAGCUUCGGCUCCGAGUGCGCCCAGGGUACGGCCGGAUCCGAGGAUUGCUUGUUCCUGAACGUAUGGACGCCGUACCUGCCGACCGAAGACAGCAAAAGUGACAAGAGCGCUCUGAAGCCUGUUAUGUUUUGGAUCCACGGAGGCGCACUUAUAGGCGGAACUGGAAACGACAACACAUUCGACGGUGGCAGUGUCGCCUCCAGGGGAGACGUGGUCUUGGUCGCAAUCAACUACAGGCUGUCAACGCUCGGCUACCUCGCCCUGGACGAUGGAGUCACCAACGGCAACUUCGGUCUGGCUGAUCAGAUAAAUGCUUUGGACUGGGUCCAAGCACACAUCCAGGAUUUUGGCGGAGAUCCGGACCGUGUGACAAUCCUGGGUCAGUCCGCUGGUGCGGGCUCUGUCCGGGCCCUCCUGGCCUCUCCCAAAGCCGAGGGAAAGUUUGCCGGCGCGGUCCAAAUGUCCAAUGUUGGCAGCCUUGACCUUGGAGGGACAUACUCACACUUCUACACCAUUGAGGAAGAAGUCGAUGCGAUCGCAAAUCCAAUCCUAAACGCGACGAACUGCACAGAGGCAGAAUCCCAAGUCGACUGUCUCCGCGCCGUACCCGCGACCACUCUUUUGGGUCUCAGCACUACGGCUCGCUUCUUCGUCGUGGACGGCACCUAUCUAACCACAGCAAACCUGACACUGACCGGGCCGGAGGCACCGUAUAAGCUGAUGUUAGGGUUAAUGAAAGAAGACGCCGGCGCGUUCUUGCCAUUCCCAACCACGACGAACGAGACAGAGUACCUCGCGGCAAGCGGCUACAACAUCUCACAGUCCACGCUGGACGAGCUCUUCCCGCUCCCCGACGGCACAAACCAGACCCUGAACGUGUACGACGUCGCCGCGCGCCUGGCGACAGACCUCAUGUUCAGGUGCGACGCCGAGGCCACGGCGUUCGCGGGCCUCGAGAGCGGCAGGUACAGCUCGGUCUACGCGUACGAGUUCGAGCGGUCCUACCAGCUGACCAACUACCCGGGCACGAGCGUGUGCCAGCCGCCCGUCACGGCAGAGCACCCCUAUGGCGACCCCAGCCUGCCCUACGCGAGGUGCCACUCGGGCGAGCUCUACGUCGUCUUCGGGAACGUGGCGUUCCAGGGCCUGCCGGAGCGCGACGGGGACGACCUGGCGUUCGAGCAGCUCGCGCUCGACUCGUUCACCUCCUUCGUCAGGACCUACGACCCGAACCCGGACAGGGGCUUCCUCGAGGCCAGGCGGUACACCAACACCAGCGGGGAGCUGGAGAGGGCCGGGGCGUGGAGGCCGGCUACGAGGGGGGACCUGACCCUGCGGGCGCUGGCGUGGGAGUCGUACCAGGACUCGUUCAGGGAGUCGCAGCAGUGCGAGGCGCUUGGGUUGCCUCUGGCAUAUUGGGCGUGA